UGGCCUUAGUCCCGCCCCAGGCAAGGCAUCCCAUCGCGGGGCCGCGGUCAGGCGAGGGCGAGGAGGAGGAGGGAGAGACAGGCCUGGGCCGCGUCCAUCGCCUCUCAGGAGAGCAGAGCAGAGGAGAAGAGGCAAGGCUCUGCGGGGAAGUGCAAUGUCAGCAGCGGAACAACAACCAGCGGAGAUCUCUCCAUCAUCCAACUCUUCAUCCAGCUACUAUGAUGCAGUGGAAGCAGAAGCAGCAAAUAAAUAUGAACUGGUUUCUCCACAUUGGUUUUAUUGCAAGCUAGUUGAUUCCAAAGAAAGGUGGACUCCCUUCAGCGCACAAGACUCCGAGAAGUUGGAGCUUGCCCACCAGUCAUGUAAGCACAGCCAGGACCUGAUUGUCCCGACAGAAGGGGGCAGGUAUGAUGUGCAUUUGACGAAGAGGCUGCGUUGUGCUGUGUACUGGGAGGAAGUUGACUCUGAAGUGAGGCGCUGCACUUGGUUUUAUAAGGGAGAAAAAGACAACAGAUAUAUUCCAUACCCUGAAAGUUUCAGUGAAGAGCUGGAGGAUGCUUACAUGAUCUGUGUGACCUUAGAUGAGUGGAAAAAGAAACUGGAAUCUCCAACAAGAGAAGUAAUAAUAUUGCAUAACCCAAAGCUGAUGGUACAUUACCAUCCGGUGGCAACCACAGAUGACUGGGGCGCAAGCCCAACAGAACAAGGCCGACCAAGGACAGUGAAGCGAGGAGUGGAAAACAUUUCUGUCGAUAUCCCAAAUGGGGAACCUUUGCAAAUAGAUCACUUAGUGUUUGUAGUUCACGGAAUUGGACCAGCCUGUGAUAUCCGAUUCCGAAGCAUUGUCCAAUGUGUCAACGACUUCCGCAACGUUUCCUUGAGCAUGCUGCCUGCGCACUUCAAGAAAGCCCAGGAGCAGCAACAGAUCGGCCGCGUAGAAUUCCUCCCUGUGAACUGGCACAGUACUUUACAUACUGGGGUGGAUGUAGACCUGGAGAGAAUCACUUUGCCCAGCAUCAAUCGCUUGCGCCACUUCAUCAACGAUACCAUCCUGGACGUUUUCUUCUACAAUAGUGCCACCUACUGCCAAACCAUCGUGGACACCGUUGCUUCGGAAAUGAACCGAAUCUACUUGCUUUUCUUGGAGCGGAAUCCUGAUUUUCAAGGGGGAGUCUCAAUAGCAGGUCACAGUUUAGGAUCACUGAUAUUGUUUGAUCUUCUCACAAAUCAAAAAUGCACACUGGAUGGAGAGGAAAGGAAAAAUGAGAUUCUAGCAACCACUCCGGAAGAAAGUAAAUCCACAAAGGACAUCUUAACCGAACUUGAGCUUUCUGAAUAUUGCUCUGUAUUUGAGAAAGAAGAAGUGGACAGGCAAGCGCUGGCGUUGUGUACAGAAAAAGAACUCAAAGACAUGGGAAUUCCGUUAGGACCCCGGAUGAAAAUCCUACAUUAUUUACGGAAUAAGAACAGCAACAUUUCUAAUCUUAAAGGGCAGAAACCUGCAGCUUCUGGGGAAAGUGAAGAUGCCAAGCAGGAGGCACCUGUAAAACCCACAAAUACGGGGACAGGUUGCCGACGUCUGGAUGUAAUGACAGGGCAGGUCCACGCAGACUACCCUCAGCUGAUCUACGAGCCACAAAUCUUCUUUGCCUUUGGCUCCCCCAUUGGGAUGUUUCUCACCGUACGUGGUGUCAAUAGGAUCGAUCCAGACUACCGGCUACCAACCUGCAAAGGCUUCUUCAACGUCUUUCAUCCGUUUGACCCAGUGGCAUAUAGGAUUGAGCCCUUGGUUGUCCCUGAUGUGGAAUUUGAGCCCAUGCUUCUCCCUCACCACAAAGGCAGGAAGAGGAUGCAUCUAGAGCUGAAGGAGGGACUCACGCGGAUGAGUAUGGACCUCAAAAACAAUUUGCUGGGCUCCUUGAGGACAGCCUGGCAGUCCUUCACCAGGUCUUCGUUACCGGCUGUGGAGGCCGGGACGACGGGAGAAGCAGAGCAGGAAGUGGAAGCGGAAGCGGAAGCCAGUCCUGAGAAGCAAAAUGAAGAGAAACCUGAGGAGGCAUCCACUUCCAUGAAAGAAGAGCCCACUCCGAUCAAUGUGGGCAUGCUUAAUGGGGGCCACCGGAUUGACUAUGUGCUUCAAGAGAAGCCAAUUGAAAGCUUUAAUGAAUAUUUGUUUGCACUGCAAGGCCACCUCUGCUACUGGGAGUCGGAGGACACAGUAUUGUUGCUGCUGAAAGAAAUCUAUCAAACGAAAGGCAUCACUAUGGACCAGCCUCUUCCGUAAAAACUGACGGGCUGCACCAGGCUGGUUACCAAAUAUUUACAAGUUCACCUGGACUCUGGUUCACCUUCCUUCGUCUCCCAUCUGUUGCUGAUGCAUCCAACAUAUACCACCCCCAUUGCCUGGAGCCCUCGAGGAUUCACCACCUUCCUCAUAUUCCACAGGAUACGCAGGAAGCCUGAGUCUCUGAACUUGGCAUCCCCUGGUUAGAGAGUCGUGUGCGUCAGAUUGCAAUAUCACCUGCACAAAGCCUAGCUCUGCACUAGAUGGGGCUCAGUAUCCGGUGCUAGAUCUUCAUACCUCCUCUUACGUUGGGAAGCCCCAAUAACAGCUGUCCAUAUUGAAUAAGGGACUGAACCAUCAGGGUGAAGUUGCAAAGCCAAGUAAAGCUUGCAACAGGUAUGGACAUGAAGGAAAACCUUCUGUGGUGUUGUGUUUUAUUGUUUUGAGGAACCGAUUUGUUUUCCUAUUAUGCACACCUUUAUUGCUGCUGCUUUACCCAAUAGACGGGACCGCAGACCAAAGCAAGAGGCUGCCUCUGUUGCAGUCAAGUUGUACGAUGAGUUGCCAUUUUGGGGGUCCUCUAGCAGCAAAGAGAUGGAUGCCAGUCACCUGGGAAGAAAUGGAAAUCUAUACGUUUGUUCCCUUUCCUGAUGUAGAAGUGACUCCUCUCGUUAUUGCACUGUCUUAUCAUUUGUUUAGUUUAGUUGGGAUCCGGCUUUGGCCCGGGUCUCCAUUGUAUGCCUUCACUUGCCCUUGCCUUGUUGAGACCUGCGCAGUUGUGCAUUGAGGAAGAGUGCCUGAGUAGUUUGGCUGCGUCUUUCUCUUCCGCGUAGGUGUAGUAAGCGCUCCAAAGGGUUUGAAGGUAGUGUGUGUUUGCACAUUCCUCGUCUGUGGCACAAAAUGGGUCUAACGUCUGGCUAAAAGAGAAGAGCGGACUCGGUAUGACACUUCGGCACCAGCUUUGUGAGCUUAAUUUGAAAGUAUGUGCAGCAUAGUCUUAGCAAGCAGCCAAAACCAGUGAUAAUUGCACCUUCUAAGCCUUUGCACAGAGAUUCUUGCCGUUGGGUUUGAAGUAGGCUUUUGUGUAGUUAGCAACACAAUAGACUAGUUUCUGGACACAUUCAAGGCCUCAUAUUUAAGUCAUGGUAGUAGAUACCUCACUUGUACCUGAUCUCGGAGAAGGAUGGAAAUGCGUAUUAGGUUAGGAGAUGACGUUUUUUCCAUCUUAAAGGCAACAUUUGUCAACAUAGCGGCCUGCUGUAAAUAAGAUUAAAUAGCCAGUCCUGGUUGCUGGCACCAGUGGGAUAGCUCUUAAGCUGGCUGGAGUUUCAGAGAAGUAAAAACAGGAUGCGAAAGACGAUUCACAGGGUUGUUGUAGGUUUUUUCGGGCUAUAUGGCCAUGUUUUAGAGGCAUUCUCUCCUGACAUUUCGCCUGCAUCUAUGGCAAGCAUCCUCAGAGGUAGUGAGGUCUGUUGGAACUAGAAAAAUUGGUUUAUAUAUCUGUGGAAAGACCAGGGUGGGACAAAGGACUCUUGUCUGCUGGAGCUAGAUGUGAAUAUAUGAAAACCCCUUUCCUAGUAAGAGUGGUCCAGCAUUUCUGUGUUCUCAAAUAAAAUGGACAAUUUCAACAGAAAGGAGGAAACCAUGAAAAUGAACAAAAUCUGGCUACCAGUAUUAAAAAAACUCUAAAAUUACAACAGCACAACAAAAGAGAGGAAACAAACAAGGACAUCUAAUCACCUCUCCACAAAAGAUUGCCCCAGUCAUUGCCAGGCCAUCAAAUGCUAAUCAAGGUGGUCAGUUGAAACAUUCACACCUAGCUCCAGUAGACAAGAGUCCUUUGUCCCACCCUGGUCAUUCCACAGAUAUAUAAACCCUUUUCCUAGUUCCAACAGACCUCACUACCUCUGAGGAUGCUUGCCAUAGAUGCAGGCGAAACAUCAGGAGAGAAUGCCUCUAGAACAUGGCUAUAUAGCCCGAAAAAACCUACAACCCACUGAUUGGCACGGCAGUGGGAUGCAUGGUACUGCAUUAGUAAUUUGCUUCCACUUGUUCCAAUAUUUACAAGGUUGAAAUAUAUUGAUUUGGAGUUUUUUUGGCUUGCCCUGCAAGCCGAAUAUGCUAUCAAGUGAUUGGUCACUUAUCCACGUUUUGGUGUAGUGGUGCAGAGUUUUCACUGAUUCAGUACAUUUUUUGCAAACAGUUUUCUUCAGGUCAGCAGCACAAAAAGUAUGUUUGUGACCUGCCAUUUUGUCUCCAUAUAGUCUUAUCUAAGCGCUCCGCCAGCUGGUUUUCAACUGGAUUAUUCUUCUCCCCAAGUGUUUGCACUAUUUGUCACCCCUUUAUGCUUUCUCUUGACUGUGCGUGUACGUCGGAUUGCAAUAUCCAUUUGGUGCAAUCAACAUUAGACCCUCUGCAGGAGCGGAGGUCGAUAUAGGAGGAACCCAACCCUGGUCAGUAAAGUCCCCCAAAAACAGUGGAUGUUUAUGCACUUUGUAAAAUAUAUCUAUCCAAAAAAACCAACCUUUUUUCCAGUAAA